AUGCCGAAGAUUUUACAACCCCGGUACAGAGAAGAAGAGGUGAGCGAUGAAGAAGAGGAGACGUAUGAGAGUGACGAAGGUGAAGGUGAAGAAGAGGAGGAGUCCGAGUGCGACUAUGGAGAACAAAGGCCACGUCGGCUAGGCAGGAGUUCUGCUACAAUUAAACAACUGAGCUACGGUGAGGACCUCCCCAGACGUAAUAACCACCGUCGAUCCAAAUCUUAUGAUGAUUACCAAGACGAAGAUGAAGAUGAAGAUGAAAAUGAUCAAGAUGAGAGAUCAUCAAGGUUUCAUCGUCACUCUAAGUCAUGCAAAUGCCAAAAAUGCACUUACAGCGAUGGUGAUGACGAGGAAGAUGAGGAAGAAGAAGAGGAGUAUGAAUAUGAAGAUAAGAGAUCAUCAAAGUCUCAUUCUCACUCCAAGAAUUGCAGAUGUAGGAAAUGCAUAUACAAAGAAGAAGAAGAGGAUGAAGAAGCACCAGCACCCAACAGGAGGGGGAAACUUGGUGCGCGAGUGGAGUUAUCAGACCUGCUGAAGAAAUUGACACUAUCUCCUAGUGGUCGUCAUGUUCACUUGAAGGAGUCCGGAUCCUUCUCUGAUGAUGAGGGUUCUAGCAACCGCCGUCGCCGCCGUCGAAAAAACACUGGGACUGUGAUUAUAAAAGACUUGCAUCUCAAUAUGGUGAAUAACAAGAUAGAAGACUUCGCAUGGACUAAGAAAGUUCGCGAGAAGUCACACUAA